AUGGAGGAUUAUAACUGUAAGCCAGAUCGGAUUGCGUUCUCUGUUGUAAUCAGUAUUCUCUGCAAGAAACGAAGAGCUGAAGAAGCUCAAUCCUUUUUCGAUAGUCUAAAACACAAAUUCGAACCAGAUGUUGUCGUGUACACCAGUUUAGUCCAUGGGUGGUGCAGAGCAGGUAAGAUUUCAGACGCAGAAAGGGUAUUCAAUGAGAUGAAAACCUCUGGAAUCAAUCCAAAUGUUUACACUUACACCAUUGUAAUCGACGCUCUAUGUAGAACUGGUCAGAUAACUCGUGCACAUGAUGUGUUCGCUGAAAUGCUCGACCAAGAAAUCAAACCCAAUGCAGUCACAUACAAUAACCUAAUGCGUGUACACGUAAAAUCCGGUAGAACAGAAAAGGUUCUACAAGUUUACAACCAAAUGAAGCGCCUUUCUUGCACACCCGAUUUAAUCACUUACAAUUUCUUGAUCGAAACCCAUUGUAAAGAUGAAAACCGUGAUGAAGCAAUCAAGAUUUUGAACUUGAUGAUCAAGAACGGAUGUGAACCAAAUGCGAGCAGUUUCAACCCAAUUUUUAGGGAAAUCAUGAAAGCCCGUGAUGUGAAUGGUGCUCAUAGAUUGUUUGGGAGGAUGAAGGGGUUGAAAUGUAGACCGAAUACUGUGACUUAUAAUUUGUUGAUGAGGAUGUUUGCUGAUUCGAAAUCAGCUGAUAUGGUGUUGAAGAUGAAGGAGGAGAUGGAUGAAAAUGGUGUUGAGCUUAAUGUGAAUAGUUAUAGGAUUUUGAUUGGGUUGUAUUGUGUGAUGGGGCAUUGGAAUAAUGCUUAUAAGUUUUUUAGAGAGAUGAUUGAAGAAAAGUGUUUGAAACCGAGUAAUGGUGAUUAUGAAAUGGUGUUGGGGCAGCUUAGAAAAGCCGGGCAGAUCAAGAAACAUGAAGAGUUGGUGGAGAAGAUGGUGAAUAGGGGGUUUGUUGUUCGACCAUUGUAG